AUGGCUCGCAGCAAUUGGUAUUUCAACAACGAAGAAUUGAUGAACUCUCCAAGUUUUAGAGACGGUAUCAACGCAGACAAAGAAUUAGAUCAUAAGCAACAGGCCGCUUACUUAAUCAACGAUUUGGGUACGCGGCUCAAAUUAUCUCAAGACUGUAUAAAUACUGCAACGGUAUUUAUGCACAGAUUCUAUACCCAGAAGUCAUUGUCUCAGUUUCAUAGAUAUGAGGUAGCAACGACGGUUAUUUUUUUGGCAGCAAAAGUCAAGAAAGUGCCACAAAAAAUCGAAGAUGUGAUUCGAGCUUUACAUACUUGCCUGAACAAAGACAAAAAUCACACGCUAGACAUCACCACUGCUGAGUACCAGGAAGAGGUUAACACCAUAAUUUGUAAUGAGUGCUUCUUUCUGCUUAUAUUGGGAUUUAAUAUAGAAAUAAAUCAUCCACAUGAUUAUAUAUUGAAGUUCUGCAGAACAACCGAUGCAAGUAGAGAACUUCGUAAAGUUUUUCUACACAUGGCGACCUACUCUCUACAGCUGACGCCGAUGUGCUUAAAGUACAAACCGGCAGUUGUCGCAUGCUUCUGCAUCUAUUUCACUGCACAAUCGUCUCAGUGGAAAAUUAUAGGAGUCAGUCAAGAGAAACCUUGGUUUUGGUUUUUUGGUCCCGAAAUUACGUGUGAUUUAUUAAUCAGAAUGGAAAAAGAAUUCAGGGAAAUUUUAGGUAAAGUUUCAUCUCAAAUUCGGAACAGAGUGAUGAAUUUGUUUAAAGUUUGUCCUAGUGGCCAAGUGACUCUGGCAAGUUAUCCAGAUAACAGCAGCGAGCCUUUAAAAUGUACAAGGUCGGUUAAUGAAGUCACACCACCACGGGCAGCUAGACAACAAAUAUCGAGAACUCGGCGGACGAUUAGCUAUCAAGAGUAUUUAGAUCGAAAGAAACUAGAAAAGUUAGCUAAAUCGGAUGAUGAAUCGUCGACAUCCUCAUCUAACGCCACUGAAGAUCUGCAAGAUAAUUCCGUUGGAAGUAAAAGUAUUGAAAUAACACCGACAACCAUAAAUGGUAUAUCAGCAGAUCCUAAAAUCAGCAUCAGUGAAAUUGCUGAUAGUAAUGACCGUAAACGGAAACAUGAUACUAAUGUUGCAAGUAUUUUUUCUCCUGCUAAGCAAUGUAAAUACGUAUAA